GUUUCGUUUUUCAAACAAUUCAAAUUCUUGUUAUUUGACAACAGAGGCUAUCUCAUGAUACGAGUUGAUACUUCCUAUCUAAUGUAGUUUAGUUUGCCUAUUGAACGUUGUUUAUGUGGACUUAUUUCUGUAGCUUUACAAAUAAAUAUUGGGCUAUUGUACAUUAAUAUAUUGUUAACUGCACCAGAAGGCGGACAUUUAUUCGGUUAUAAUAAUUAUAGUCACAUUUAUUCGGAUUGUUUUAAGAAAACAAUAAUUAACAUUAACCAUGGCGCUUGUGAAUAACAGCGACAAUGAUCUACAGAAUAAAUAUACUUCUCUAAAAUCUGAAGGUUUAGAUCAUACACUGUCAGAAACAACUUCAGCCAUUGAUGUGUCUAUGUUUGGGGAAUCAAACGGCUUGGCGGAUGUAACGCUUGUUGUUGAAGAUCGCAGGAUUCCAGUUACCAAGGCCGUAUUGGCGUUUUCGUCUCCAGUUUUCCUGGCUAUGUUUCAAAGCGACUUCCAGGAGAAAGAAAAAUCUGAAAUACCUCUUCCUGAUAAAAAGUUGCAAACAUUCGUACAUUUUCUCAAAUGCAUCUAUCCUAACACCAAAGAGCAAGUGACAGCGGAAAGCGUUUACGAGGUCGUUUAUCUCGCCAACGAAUACCAAGUUGAGCAUCUGAAAACCGUUUGUGAGCAGGUUCUUUUGAAGGAAAUGUCUAAAUGGGAAGAUCCCACUACUCCUGACUGCUGUAUGGAGGUGUACCGACAUCUCGUGAUCGCUGAAACAUUGCAACUUGAGGAAUUGCAAGCACGCUGCAUUGGUAUAGCGUCUGAGGGUACACAGGCAGACAGAGAGGCAGCGGCAAAAGUCCAUGCAAUUUCAGAAAAGUCUGAGAAGAUAAUUGAUAAGAAGGCAAUUAGAAAUCUUGAAAUAAACACAUCCGAUUUGAAAGUUCUCAUGAAAGGCAUAGGCGGGGAUAACUUUGAAACAGUGAAAAACUUUAUUCUUGAAAUAAAUAAUACCAAGCCUCAAAACAAAGCCCAAAAUGAAAUAGGUUUCGCCCAUGUACUAACACCUCAAUUCGGUCAGUCAAUUCCUUUUCCGUUUUCAUUUAGAUCAUCUCCACCUCCCUCUAAACCUUGGGCAGAAAACAUACGUAAUUUACGACUUUUGUAUCAGUAUGCUCCAGCAUCCAAGGAUAUGAAGAGAGUAGCUAUUAAGGCAGUGAGAAAAGACAAAGGCGCGAAAGUCUUGAACACUUCCUUUAAGGAAGAGUUUGACCUUCUACCAGAAAAGAUCAAACAUGAUAUAAGAGGAAGAGAAGUCAUGGAAUACUAAACUGCGUUAUUUGAGUCAGUUGUUGGUGCAGAAUGAUUUGUCGCAUUUUUAUAAAUCUGGAUAAAGGCAAAAUGCCUAAUUGAUCAUGGCAUGCACCAAUGAUGCAAUGUGAACGUUCUGUCAUAGAGUUAUAAAACAGUUCAUUAUAUCAAAGUUGAUUAUUUAUAUUUUUCUCAAAUUGAAUUGAAUUGAAUUAGGAAUAUGAACUUAAGCAUUUGUCUGCAAGACCACAUGUAGAAAUCAUAGUUACUAAUUACUGUAUAUUAGUAUGGCCUCGUAGUAAUUGAUAGUCUUUGGAAUUAUAGGCACAGCCAUCUGCUAGACUUGCUCUUAAUUGCUGGACAUACUGUGUCUUCCACAACUAAUUUAAAAAAAAAACUUGACAAGCAGUUGUCCUACUUAGAUCAAAGCAUAUAACAUAAAUGUGUGUUUUUAUGUUAUUAGGCAGACUCUGUGUGAUGUUAUUAGUUUCAAACAAUAACUGCAUCGUUUCUUUGAAAUGUUUUUGCAUUAGGUGCUCUGAAUUGUAUUCCUCCGUCUGCAGAUAGAGUUGGAAUCUCUAAUCAUAGAAAUACUUGGGGUUUACCUAUACGUUUAUUAUUAUUUGUUUUAUUGAUAAGUUUCCUCAAGUUAAUGCAUACUUUGAUAAGUCUUUACCUUUUGCGUUUUAUCUUUAUUAAGGAUUGUUGGGAUAAUAGUGAGGUUUGUGCAAAUUAACUGGUUUGAAUCCCCAGUAAAAUUACACUUUACUGACCGUUCCAUGGCGGUACGUUCUUGAUAAACAUACCUAGUUUUUUAUAUAGUAUGUAUGCACUGUGCUGUUUGUGGAGUUUUGUGCUGUUCAUCUAUGUUUCUUGUUUGUGAUUGUAUGUUCUAUGUCUUCGGCGUUUAUCCAGUGCCAUUAAACCGGGUUUAUGUUUAAAAUAUUUGCUACUGAGCUUGUUGAUGCAGCUAUUUGCAUAAAUAUUGGUUCUUAUGAGUACUGGUCGGAAGGUAAAGACAAUAGAAGGUUACAUUAGGGGCUGGUAUGAAUGAAAGUAUUUUGGAUGGUUGGUUAAUAAUUAUAUGGGCGUGGCCUAAAGAGAAAUUGUAUGUUGUAGUGUAGUUAGUUCUUGUUUGGGAGUGGAAAGAAAAAGGUUAAGAUGCUCUCACAGUAAAGCGAGUUGAUAAAUGAAUAAAUAUGGAAAAUGUAUUCGGAGUUUUGUAUUAAUUAGUUAAUAGAAUGGGGACGAGGAGCAACCCGGUGACAGUACAUCUGUUUUUAAUCAGUUUCAUAAAUUUAAUUAAUUCAACCAGAAACUUUAUUUUUAAAACUAUUGCAUUAACAGUAAUUUUCAAUUGUCAUUUGGAAAGUUUUGUGAGGAUGUUGUUUUUCUUUGUCUUAUUGUAUUUUCAAUUUUUCUGUUUCAAUUUAGGAAUUUGCAUAGGAUUGAAUUAUGCAGUAUCUGUUCAUAUUUUGUUCUUCACAAAACGAAUAGAUUAUUUUUAGAAAGCCAUUAUUUAGUAGCUAUUUGAAAUGUGAUUCAUUGUAAAUAUUAUUUUAAAAUCACAUAAACUCUUUUGUUUUAAAAAUCACAACUUU